AUGACUUCGCAGCAUUCCUGGUUCCGGGGCCCCGAGCUCCGUAGUAUUGUCUUCGAUGCCCCUACGCCCUCUACCUGGAUUGUCCUCAGGCGCGUUAACGAACACGAGCACCGAAAGGAUCCCGACCACUCCGCUGUCUCCUAUGCCUCCGUUAAGUACCAGUGCAAGAAACAUGGAGAUGCUAGCAAAAUCGCGUUCGUUAGGAUAUAUAAGCAACUGCCCCACCUCGGCACAGAGUUUGACGAUUAUGCUACCCGCGCUAAGCAAGCUAGGGCGUGGACUCCGCCCGAGCUAGUAGCAUACAAAACUCUUACCGAUAAGCAGUCGAAAGUCACCCCCCGCCUCCUAGGAUAUAGGGAAGAGGAGCAAGACAGCUCUGCUCUUGUACCCGCUGGCUUCCUGGUCUCGUUUGCGUGGGAGCAAGUGCCUGGUGUUCAGCUAGGGGAUAGUCUUGGCGCAAAGGUCUUCUGGGAUAUGAGUCCUGAUCAACGCCACAAUAUUCGGGAAGCCUUUAAGAACAAGACAAUCCGUGAGACCGAAACUAUUGGCUUUCGCCCUUUGUUCUCUGGUCCCUCGCAUUUAGUUUGGGAUUCCGCCUCCGGUAAUCUUUUUAUGGUCGGCUUCCGUCAGUGGAUUGAGGUUAAGCCAACACCCUGGAGUGAGGCAAAGUCCUACUGGUUCGACCUAGCUAAGCCACCCAAAAAGGUCAACUGGUCUGAAUGGGGUAACGAACCUGAUACUUCUAAUUGGAAGUUUUAG